AUGCACAGAACAACUUCUCAUACUAUUCACACAAUCACCAAAUGAUCGAGAAGGUGCAACGGCAAAUUCUUGUGACACCGGCCAUGCAAAUGGAGCCUGAAUGCUUUCAGAUAAAUAUGCUCAAUCACCCCACUUGUAUAGACAACAAAGAAAAUAGUAUACUUCUUUCCAUUGUUAAUUUGUUAUGGAAAGCGAUAAAAACAGUGGUACUAGUAGCUUUAAAAUGCCUCUUCAUUACCCAAGGUACACCAAGGAGGACUACCAGGACAUGCCCGAGUGGAAGCUUGACAGCAUACUUUCUGAAUAUGGCUUGUCUACACAUGGAGAUUUGGCUUACAAGAGACAAUUCGCAAUGGGUGCAUUUCUCUGGCCCCAAACUUUUCGCCACACUCCAAUCCACAAGUCUCUUAGCAGCUAGCUAGCUACUUCCACUCAACAAUCAAAUUUUACUGAGAUGUAUUUUGUCUAAAAGUUAUGGGUUAACUAUUAUGGCAAAUAUUUUAUACAUAUGGGUUCGGUGUCAUUUGCAGUUGAGCUGAUGGUCAAUUUGAUCGACCUAGUCGUUUUCAAAAAAGGGAUUUGCUAGUUGAAGCUUUGUCAGAAUUUUCCUCUCCGGCUGAGUCAAAAAAACAAAUUGGUAUCUAAGCACUAAGUAAAGUCGUUUACUUGACUAAACAAUGCAAAUUGUUCAUAAAAUUGUAACUUUCAGGUAGUUAAGAAUGAUAAAGAUUCAGUUGUGA